AUGACUGACGCAAAGCCUGCAACUGCAAAAGCAGCUGGGGAGGUACAGUCGACUGGCGCGGCAACGGUGGCUGUUAGUGGGAGGUCGGGAGCCGACGCGUCGGUUGCGACGGAGGUAAAGCCAAGAGUGACCGAGGGUAUAGCAGCAGCAGCGCCGAAGGCAGGAGCAGCGGUGACUAAGGCAGGACCAGGAGCAGCGACCAAAACAGGAGCAGCAGCGACUAAAACAGGAUCAGCAGCACCUAAACCCGGAGCAGCAGCAGCAGCAGCAGCAGCAGCAGCAGCCGCGUCUAAAACAGAGCCUUCCUCCUCGUCCGCCAAGCCCGCAGGAGCUUCCGCGGCAAAGGCCGCCUCGACACCACCGCCCAAUAAACCGCCUCCGCCCCCGCCCCAGCCAGUAAAGCCGUUUGAGCUGGAGGAUCUAGUUCGAGGCGACGUGCGCGCGAUUAAGGAGCGGAUGAAACGCGCGGGGCAGGACGAGACGAUGCUGCGGUUGAAGGAGGAGUUUCGCGCGCUCAUGGAUGGUAGCGGCGGCGCGGGCGGGGGCAACGGGAGGGUGGGAGGCGGGAGUAGCAGCUUAGGCGGGAUUUACGGCGGGCGCGGGUGUCUCACGUGCGUGAUAGUCGCGAAUAAGGAGAAGGCCGGGAAGGGCGGGUCGAACGGAUUCGUAUCCCCGAUAUGCGAUAGAGUGUUGAAACUACAGGCGGAUCUAGAAGUACACUUGGCGUCGCAAAGGAAGGCUCUUAGAGACAGCUUCGCGAAUUACCUCGAGAUAUUAAUCGCCAUUCGGUACUCCCUAAGGACGCUAUACCUGCAGAAGAACUCGAAGCGCACUAUUGGCGACCUGGUAGAGAUCUUAUUAGGAGACCGGUGCUUACACUGCUGCUGCCCGUUAGGCGGAGACGGGUACUGCAGAGCGUGCAUGUGCGCGCUGUGCAAGAAAUUUGACGAGGACCUCGUUAUAGACAGGUUUCGGAAUAAGACUAAGACGGGGCGGUGGCUCCAGUGCCCGUCGCCCAAGUGCGGCUGUUACGUGCACACGGACGGCGCGUUGGAGUGCGGAUUGGUGCGGGUUCUCACGGAAAAGGAGGCGGAAAGUGCGCUCACGGGUCCCGCGGAAGCAGGAGGAGCGGGUGGGGGGGGAGGUUCUGUGGGAGAGGGAGGAGCGGGGGGAGCGGGGGGAACGGGAGGAGCGGCAGUCCUUGAGAGUGCAGCUUCUAGUGGAAAUGCAGCUUCCGUUGUUAGUGGUGAGGGCGCAGCAGCUGUUGAGGGGGCGAAAAGGGGAAGGGAGGAGGAGAAGGAUGCAGGUGCACGUGCGGGUGCGGGUGCUACUUCGGGUAGUGAUCAAGACAGGGAUGCGCGUAAGGGGAGUGACAGUAACGGAGGAGGGAAGCGUGUUAAGGUGGAGAGUGGUGUGAUUGAGGGGAGUAAGGCCAAGGUUAAGGCAGAACCGGAUGCAGCAGAGGCUAUGCUGACGACGAGUGCAGGGGUGAAGAAGAAGGAUAUGGGGAAGUUGAGCGAGGAGAUGGCGCGGGUGAUGAGGGUGACGCGCGGUGCAGAGUGGUGCGAGCCGUACCAGCGGCUGCAGGAGCGGUUGACCGCGGUGAUGCAGAGUAACGAGGGGGUGAACAAGGUGGUGGGGGAGCUGCGAGCGUGUUUCGGCGUACAAGAGUGCAUCCGAGCGCCAGACAUGUGGUUUUUGAGACACGUGGCAACAAUGCUGGCUGCAGGCAGGAGCACCCUCUCCUUCCCCCCUCCACCCCUCCACUCCACUCCGCCUCCUCCUCUUCCCCCUCCCCAUACGCCCCGCGCCCACCUCCCUGCCAACGCCCCUCCUUCUCCAUACUCCUCCAGUCUCCCUGCCCCUCUGACUCCCUCGCACUCCCCACACCCCUCACAACCCAGUCAGCCGCCUCCCCUGUCUCUGUCACCAAGCCCCAUGCAGACCAAUCCUUCUACCAGCCCUCCUACUGUACCUGCCACCGCACCCGCUACCACACCUGCUACCACACCUGCUACCAUGCCUGCCGCCGCACCUGCCGCCGCACCUGCCGCCGCACCUGCCACUGGUCCAGUUCCGUCCCAUAACGCUUCCUCCUCAGCGCACACUGCUCAUGCGCAAGCAUCAGCACAGCAGGUCCCAGGGGUAGCAGCAUCACAAGGGGCUGUUGAGGCGCCUGGAAAGUCACAAGCUUCAGUGCAGCAGGGGUCAGGUGUAGCAGUAGUAGCAUUGCAGGGGAAGCAGCUCGGACCAGGAACUAGGACUCUGCUAGGGACCGGUAGGGGCAGAGGGAUGAAUGAGAGUGGGGUGGGCGGUGGUAGUGUGCUUGUGGGGCCCAGUACAGGUGCUGUGAAUGGUAGUACUGUUGGUGCUGGUGGUGUGGGUGGUGCUGGUGGCAAUGUAUCGUCUGUUACUGCUCACCAGCUGAUGCAACAGCAGCAGCACCAGCAACAGCAGCAGCAGCAACAGCAGCAGCAGCAGCAGCAGCAGCAGCAGCAGCAGCAGCAGCAGCAGCAGCAGCAGCAGCAGCAGCAGCAGCAGCAGCAGCAGCAGCUUCAGCAGCAGCAGCAGCAGCUUAACGGCAAACCCUACUCUGGUUCUGCUGGUGGUGUCUUAUCAGGCCAAGAGCACAGGACUGGCGAGCAAGGAGCAGCAGGGCAAACAGCAGGCUAUGGGGCAUUUUCAGCUUCCAACUCAGCUCCACUCUCCUCCACUGCUGCUCCUCGCCCCCCCACUCAUACCGGCCCGCCAAAUGCCGCUCUGAAAGCCUCAUACACUCUAUACAGCACCCAGAAGACCCCUACCAGUGCCUCUGCCUCUUCAAACACCUCCUCCAACGCCCUCUCAAACGCCCUGUCGAUCGUCCCCUCUAAUUCCCCUCUCACCCUUCUUCCAAGCGGCUCAGACACGCAUGCACACAGCCCCAGCCCUCCCCCGACCACACCUGCCAGCCGCAAUAAUCCCACUGCUCAUCUACCUGCUUCUUCCUUUCCGCCAAGUGCGCAGCCGUUCAAUAAACCCAAUACCCCCGGGUCUACCGCGAAUCCUGUGAAUCCUGUGUUUUAUCCGAAUAACGAUCCGGGUAGUAGUUCUCAUGGGAUGGCGAGUCAGCAGCAGGGUAACCACUCGUUCCCGGCAGUCUCGGUAGUAUCAGAAGGCCUUCCCCCGGGAGCCAAUCCGCUUCUGCCACCUGGCCUGUGCUUGCCCUUCCCCCCUGGUAUAGUCACAGAGGAGAGGGUUUCGGCUUCCGCCAUUGGAUUGGCCCUAGCAGCCCAUGUGGGGAGCUUGGGAGGAGGAGCAGUGUCGGCCAUUGCAGGGAUAGUGCAGCCACCACUGCCAGAGUUCAGGAACAUAUACAACGGCGCUCCGAUUCCCCUUCCUCCAACGCUGAAGAAAGCAGCAACAGGAGGAGACACCUUCCCUGCGCUCCCGCCCUCUCUGCUCGCCUCUCACCACAAUCUCUACUCUCGCCAAGCGAGUGACAAGAUCACGGGAGGGGUUGAGAGCAGUGAACGGAAGAGAGAUGCAGACUACAGCGGGGGGAUGGGCCAUGAGGAGGUGAAGAGGCGCAAGACAGGAGGCGAGGGGGCCAGUGGUGACAGAGGGGUGGCGAAUGGAAAGGUGAAAAAUGAAGGCGGGGAGUUUGCAGGAGGGGCGAUUCAAGGGGGCAUGGAAGAGGCACUAGUGGGUGCUAUAGUUGGGAAGCUGGAGCGGAGGCGUCGGGAUUUGGAGGAGAAGCGGAGGGAGAGGAGAGAGAGGCUGGAUGUUAUUGUAGGGAAGCGGAAGGAGGUGCAGGAGGUGCGGGAGGAGAAGAGGAGGCGGUUGGAAGAGGUGGAAAGGGAUGCAGAGAGGAAGGUCCGUGAAGCAGAGGAGCUGGAGGCUCGGGCGGCGAAGGCUCGGGCCGAAGCAGAGGCGGCGGUUCGGGGGAAGGCGGAACUUACAGCGCGGAUACAGGAGGAGUAUAGGGCAAGGGAGGUGAGGGUGGUGAGGGAGGUGGGGGAGGAGGAGAGAGCGAGUGUGGAGUUGGAUAAAGUGAUUGCUGAGGGGGAGCAGAAACUGAGGGAGAUGGAGAAGGAGAAGGAGGAUAUGGUGAAGAGAGACGACCAAUCUGGAGGCCCAAGUCCACCUUCUUCUCCUCCUGCCGCUGCUCCAUCCGAAGCCAGUCCAUCGUCACCCGUUUCCGCACCGCCGAGCGCCGCGCCUCCGUCGGCCAGCGGCGACACGACAACAAGCGGCGACGCGUCGUCGUCGUUAUUGUCGUCGUCGGACAUGCUACAACCGGAGACUGACGUCGUGGCGCAGGGCUCGACCGCGGCUCCGGGAUCCGAGGAGUCUCCUGGCGGAAAGGGAGACGGAUCGCCGUCGCAGCUGGACUCGAAGCAAGCCGCGGUGCUGGCGAAGGUGCGCGACCACUGGGGGCUGACGUGGAACCUGUCGCUGCCGUGCGGGGAGAUCGGCGGGCUCUCGUGCAACAGCGACGGAACCCUGCAGUCACUGGAUCUGACCUCCGCGGGGCUGAGCGGCGACAUUCCCAAGGACAUCUUCGACCUCACCACACUGCAGUACCUCUCCCUCUCUCGGCUGCCCUCCCCUUUCUUCCCCUCCCUCUCCUCCCUCCCAUCCCUCCCUUCUCACUCCAUUCCUCCCAUCCCAUCCCGCCCAUCGCGGCCGCGCAGAGUGCUGCACAGCAACCAGCUCUCAGGCGAGGUGCCCAACGUCUUUGCCGACAUGCCCAGCCUCGUCGAACUGUCGCUGGCGCGCAACAGUUUCGAGCGCGCGGUGCCCUCCUCCCUCGCCCUCUGCUCCACCCUCAUCUACCUGUCAGUGCCUCCUCUCCUCCCACCCACACUCAAAUCUGAUAACUCCAACCUUGGCUACUCUCACAUGCUUUCCCCUCUCCUCUCUGCUCCAAGGUCAAAGUUGAGUCGACUUAAACCUCAAACUCUACCUGCUCUCUCAUUCUUUCCUCUCCUCUUUCUCUUCUGUCUCUCUAUCCGGCGCCUCGAAAAUCAUCUCUUCUUUUCCUUUUUGUCCUUGUGCUGCCGCCCUGCUCGUGUGCUACCGUCGUUGCCUCACAGCAAUCUCGGUGGCAACUUUUUCAACAAGAUCAUCCCGGAGGGCCUAGGGAACCUCGUUAACCUGCGCACGCUCCUACUGUACGACAACGCCUUUGUGGGCAGCAUCCCUGACACUCUCUCUGAGCUCACGCUCCUUGAGAAACUUGAUCUCUCGCUCAACAUUCUCUCCGGGGCCUUCCCCUCCGCCCUGCUAUCCCUCCCCUCGCUCAAGUCCCUGGACGUCAGCAACAACCAGCUCUCCGGCCCUCUCCCAUCCGGCUUUGUUAGCGCAGCCAUCUCCAAUCCAGACUCAGACGGCACCUUCCUCGCAGCACAGAACUACUUCACAGGCGACGCCACCGUCCUAGUCGCCGGCGCUCCCUUCUGCCCCUCCUCCCUGCCGCAAUCCCCCGACCAAGCCCUCUCCUCCUCCGCAGCCGAAGCCCUCUCGGGAGGCCCCUCCGUCUCUCCCUCCGCCGACCAAUCCGGUCUCACAGAUUCCGCAACGGCCGGGUACCCUUCCCUUCUCCUCAAUUGCCUGACCUACUCGGCGGCCUCGGCGUGUGCGAAGGCCGGGCUGGUGGAGCAGCAGAGGACGGCGCUGGCGUGUGCGGGGUUCUGCGGAGCGAGUUUGGACGCGGGGCCGUGCGGGGGGCACGGGCGGUGUGUGACGAGGAAGGGGUCGAGCGAGGCGACGUGCGUGUGUGAUAAUGGGUUCAUGCCCGGGCUAGAGAAUGCCACGGUGGAGGGCGUUGUUGUUACUGUGCUUCCCCCGUGUGUGUUUGUGCAUUCACCUGUGCGCCCUGCAGCGGCGUGCUGGGCGUUCGCAGCAGUGGACACAGUGGCAAGCGCCUAUGCCAUUGCCAACCGCCUGCCCUCCGUGCCACCGCUCUCCACUCAGCAGGUGUUAGACUGCGCCAAGGGCGAUUGCUCCUCGGGCGGCUUCCCAGGAGACGCCUUCCGCUUCCUCGCCUCGCCUCCCCUCGUGUCCUCCAACGCGCUGUGCUCCGAGGACGAGUACCCCUUCGACGGCCAGUCCGACAGCAGCGACCAGUGCAAGGGCGUCAAGGGGCAGUACCGCAUCCCGCUGGUGUACGAGCAGAUCAGCUUCUAUGGCUGGCUGGGGAUUGCUCUCGCUGUUCAGCAGCACCCUGUUGUGGUUAGCGUUGCUGCGGACAGCGACUCGUUCAAGAAGUUCACCGGGGGUUACGUGUACAACGACCCGGCGUGCUUCGCAUCGGGCCUCGUGUCCCACAACCUGGUGGUCGUGGGCUACAACGUACUCGCGCCCGAGCCCUACUGGAUCCUGCGCAACAGCUGGGGCACGGACUGGGGCGAGGACGGGUACAUGCGCAUGGCCAUCACCGCACGACCGGAUCCCACCGGGGUGAUUGAUGUGAAUGGUGGUGCCGGCGUGUGUGGGAUCUACGCGACACCCGCCCUCUACCCCGUUGUUGCCGGCCCGUCCCCCUGCCAGCCGAACCCGUGCGGUAGCGGGGCGUGCACCGUGGUGACGGAGCUAGACGGCUCUCAGUCCAACCAGUGCCGCUGCCGCCGCGGCUUUGUUGCUGUUGACAACGUGGAUGGCUCUCAGUCCUGCGCUCCUUUGCGGGUGUGUGCACUAUACCAGACAAACCCCUGCUGGGUGGGCACGUGUGUGGACAACAACCAGGGCAGCUUCUCCUGCCUCUGCCCCCCCAGCUUCAUGCAAGGCUUGAAGGCUGACGGCACCACCACCUGCGUGCCUGUGAUUUCGGAGGAGGACAAGGGCACGUAUCUCAUCACAGGCCCUGGUGUCACCUGCUACGCGCUGGCGAUCAGCUAUGGCUUCACCCAGGCUGAGCUUGAAGAUAAGAACCCGGACCUAGACUGUUCCACGGACAUCCCUACAGGCACACUCUUGGACAUCUCCGACUCCUCGCUCGCGCCAUGCUCGCUCCCCUACACAAUCGACACGUGCGACUCGAUAGCCGAGACGUUCAACAUCUCCGCUGCAGACCUCUCGUCACUCAACCCCGCACUCGACUGCUCGCGACUCAUUAUUGGCAUCCAGAUCUGUGUGGCACGAGGCCAGCCGUACCAGAUCCCUCUCUGCACACCACAUUUGAGACGCCAGCCGUACCAGUUCCCUCUCUGCACGCGCUACCAUGAUGUGGCGGACGGCGAGACAUGCACCUCCCUCAUGCAAGUCCAAGCGCGCCCGCCCCUCUCUCCCUUCGAGUUCUUCGCUAUGAAUCCCGGCCUCAUGUGCAACAAUCUCAUUCCAACCAAGCCGGGCGACGGGCUUGGAGGGCAGCAGGUCUGCCUCUCCUCGCUGGCAUUCUCCGCGUUUAAAUGCGCGUACUCCACUUAUUACAACCAAGCGUGGCGACACGUGUGCUUCGAUCUACAUGAAGUAUUUCCGCACGCCGGCCGCAAAGGCCAAGACGACGCCUGCGAAGCUGUACGUGCAGCUGAAUAG